AUGUCAUCAACCGAUGUGGUUGUAGCGUCAGAAGAACAACCACCAUCACCACCACCACAGAAUGGAGGACUGCAAGGAAAGAAGCUCUCUUCGCAGACGCUCCGGCGAUUCGACUCUUUGGAUGCCGAAUCCGGUCACAUUCGUGGCCAUGACGGCCACCAUUCCAAGGCGGUGGAUUGGGCGACGAUAUUGCAGUUGGCAUUCCAAAGCAUAGGGAUAGUGUACGGUGACAUCGGAACGUCACCACUUUAUGUGUAUGCAAGCACCUUCACUAAUGGGAUAAAGAACAACGAUGACAUAUUAGGUGUCCUCUCCAUGAUCUUCUACACCCUCGUUCUUAUCCCUCUCGUCAAGUAUGUCUUCAUCGUCCUCCAAGCUAACGACAACGGCGAUGGGGGAACGUUCGCGCUAUAUUCCUUGAUAUGUAGGUACGCGAAGGUAGGGCUGAUACCAAGUCAACAAGCAGAGGAUAGAGAAGUUUCAAAUUUCCGGCUUGAGUUGCCCAACAAUGGCCGCCUCCGCCGAGCAUCAAAAGUUAAGUCCGCACUUGAGAAGAGCAAUUCCGCCAAGUAUUUCCUACUCUUUGCAACCAUGUUGGGUACUGCCAUGGUCAUUGGGGAUGGGGUCCUCACUCCUUGUAUCUCAGUCUUAUCAGCAGUGGGAGGAAUCAAACAAGCCACGAGUGCUGUGACUGAAGAUGCAAUUGUUUGGAUAUCAGUGGCUAUAUUGAUAGUUUUGUUCGUUGUUCAAAGAUUUGGAACUGACAAAGUUGGAUAUAGUUUUGCUCCAAUUAUUUGUAUUUGGUUCAUCUUAAUCGGUGGCAUUGGUCUCUACAACUUCAUCAAGUAUGAUCCUGCUGUAGUAAAAGCCCUUAAUCCUAAAUACAUCAUAGAUUACUUUAGUAGAAACAAGAAGGAAGCAUGGAUUUCACUGGGUGGUAUUGUAUUAGCUAUAACAGGAACUGAAGCAAUGUUUGCUGAUCUUGGACACUUCACAGUUAGAUCCAUUCAGAUAAGCAUGUGUUCAGUAACAUUCCCUUCUCUUGUCCUGGCAUAUACUGGCCAAGCAUCUUACCUUCGUAAACAUAAUGACGACGUAUUAGAUACGUUUUAUAAAUCCAUUCCAGAUUCUUUAUAUUGGCCCAUGUUUGUUGUGGCUGUUAUGGCAUCGAUUAUAGCUAGUCAGGCCAUGAUCUCUGGCACAUUCUCAAUCAUCCAACAGUCCUUGUCGCUUGGAUGCUUCCCUCGUGUCAAGAUAGUUCACACAUCGACAAAGUAUGAAGGACAAGUUUAUGUUCCUGAGAUCAAUUACCUGCUAAUGUUGGCAUGUGUAGGAGUCACUUUAGGAUUCAGGACAACUACAAAGAUUGGAAAUGCCUAUGGGAUUGCUGUGGUGUUUGUGAUGACUCUCACUUCAUCUUUUGUAGCACUCAUCAUGAUAAUGAUAUGGAAAACCAACAUACUCCUUGUAAUUGCUUAUGUUCUGGUCAUAGGCUCAGUUGAACUCAUAUAUCUAAGUUCAGUACUCUACAAAUUUGAUCAAGGUGGGUAUCUCCCCUUAGCCUUCACAGCAGUCCUGAUGACCAUAAUGUAUGUUUGGAACUUUGUAUACCGCAAGAAAUACUACUAUGAGCUAGACCACAAGAUUUCUCCUGAGAAGCUUAGAGAUAUUGCUGCAAACACCAACAUAUGUCGAAUCCCUGGACUCGCCAUCUUCUACUCUGAAUUGGUUCAAGGCAUUCCACCCAUCUUCGAGCACUACAUUGAAAAUGUACCUGCAAUGCAUUCAGUCCUCGUCUUUGUUGCUAUCAAAUCACUUCCCAUGAGCAAGGUUCCGGUGGAGGAGCGGUUUCUCUUCAGGCGAGUCGGACCACGUGAACUUAAUGUCUUUCGUUGUGUGGUUAGGUAUGGAUACACCGAUGUACGGAAUGACAAAGAACCCUUUGAAAGAACAUUGGUGGACAGAUUAAAGGAAUACAUUAGUGAGGAUCAGUGGUUGUCACCAGUAAUAGACAAUGGUGAUGGAGAGGGUAACAGUAAGGGUGAGAGUGUGGAUAGGGAGGAAAAGACUGUUGUUGAAAAGAAGGAAGGUGAAGUGGUGGAGAAAGAGCUAGAGGUGGUGGACAGAGGUUGGCACUCAGGAGUUGUUCACUUGGUGGGUGAGAGUGAGGUGGUAGCAGGAAAAGGUUCUAGUUUUGGGAAGAGGGUAUUGAUAAAUUAUGCUUAUAACUUCUUGAGGAGGAAUUUGAGACAAAGUUAUAAGGUGUUUGAUAUCCCUUCUAAGCGUCUUGUGAAAGUAGGAAUGACAUAUGAGCUUUAGAGCAAUGAAGAAGUACUAUAAGUAAGGAGGAAGUCUACCAAUCUAGUCUCAAUAGAAGAAGAAGAAGAAAGUUUGGAAGAAGUGAAUUAUAUGGC